GCGACUCCGUGCGCGAAAAAGGCUGAGUGACGAGUUUUACUUAACUCGAAAGCAGCUGACGCGCGCGUUUCGCAACGCUUGCGUAUUCCGCGCACGAAGCGUUGAAGCGGUUCGUUUGGCAAAUGUGGCCAGUCGAAAAUCGCACUGCCGUACGAUCGCACGAUGAAGACCUGGGAUAAAUUGCUCUUGCUAUGCCUGCUCGCAGCUGCUGGCGCCAAUGCGCAAGCGCCGAGUCAUUCGGAUCUCAGCUGUACCGGUCGACCUCAUUAUAACGCCACUCUCACGGCUUAUUAUCCAGAUUUCACUAGUGACGCAGAGUCCGAUUACCUCGACUCGAGAGGAAAGAAGUUGAGGAAUUUGCAGGAUUUCCUCGACGGAAGAGCCGAGUACGUCACCGUGGCUAUGGAGGAGCUUCCAAGGCUGAGCUACGGCUCCGUCGUCUGCGUCCCGGAGCUGAACCAACACUUUGGCAGAAGAAUCCCUCUGCAGGUACGAGAUCACGGAAUGAACCUGGACGGCAAAGGCUUUACCAGACUGGAUAUAUGCGUGAGAACCGAAGCGGACAGCUACGACAAUGCCGUGAAUCGGCUGGUCACGAUCUACACCCAAGUUUGACUGUGAACCGCAUGAUGAUGAUAAAAUAAAAAUAGUCGAUAAAUAAGACAGAAUUUA